AUGGCUCCUUAUGAAGCAUUGGAUAAUCUUAAAGUGGCUCGUGAUAGACAGAAGCGCCACGCUGAUAAACGAAGAAGAGAACUAGAAUUUGAAGUUGGAGAACGGAUGCUAAGGAAAUAUGUGCCUGAUCCUAUGCACAUACUAGCAACACAACCGGUACAGCUCAAAGAAGAUUUAUCUUACGAGAAAAAGGCCAUCGAGAUUUUGGACAGGAAAGAUCAGGUACUCAGAAAUAAGACGAUUCCUUUUGUGAAAGUGUUAUGGCGUAAUCAUGGGAUCGAGGAAGCAACCUGGGAACCUGAAGAGCACAUGAGGAAGAGAUACCCUUAA